UUCUCCGCCCAAAAGAACAACAAGGUCGCCCCCCGCACGUCCAGUAAGGUGACGCAGCCCCUGUCGAAGCUCCACAAAGCCUACAAAAAUGACGAGAAACUUGUGUCUGACAUCAACGCCGCACAGAACUCUUGGCGCGCUAAGGCUUACCCAGAGCACGAGAAAUUCAGCCGCUACCAAAUGUUCCUCCGCGCGGGAGGCCCUGGCGCUGUCGUCUCCAACCCCCCCUCCCCCGCCCCCGCGACCCCCGAGCAGAAGGCCCGCGUCUCCUUCCUGCCGGAGAACUUCGACUGGCGUAACGUGGAGGGUGUGAACUACGUGAGCGACGUCAGGGACCAGGGAGGAUGCGGCUCCUGCUACACCUUCGCCUCCGUGGGCCAGAUCGAGACCCGCCUGAGGAUCGCCACCCGCAACCAGCGCCAGGACGUCUUCUCCACGCAGGAUGUCGUCUCCUGCUCGUCCCUCUCCCAAGGAUGUCUCGGAGGCUUCAACUACCUGAUCGCCGGACGCUACGCCAUGGACCAGGGUGUCGUGGCCGAGGAGUGCAACCCUUAUACUGGAAGUGACGACGCCUGCGCCACCGACUCCACCUGCGCCCGCACCUUCGUCAGCGACUACUCUUACCUGGGCGGCUACUACGGCGCAUGCAACGAGGAACUCAUGUUGCAAGCGCUUGUGGAGAACGGGCCCCUGUCAGUGUCCUACAUGGUCUACGAUGACUUCUACAACUACGACGGCGGCAUCUACCACCACACGGGUUUCAAGAACGACUUCAAUCCGUUCGAGAUGGUGACUCACGCCGUUCUACUGGUGGGCUACGGCGUGGACAACGCUACAGGCGAGAAGUACUGGACGGUGAAGAACUCGUGGGGCGCCGACUGGGGCGAGGACGGCUUCUUCAGGAUCAGGAGGGGAACCAACGAGUGCUCCAUCGAGUCCAUGGCCGUUGAUAUUACAGCCAUCCCUUAAAUUCGUGGAAUUCACAAAGAGCUUUGUAGUAAAAGAACGUAUGCGUAAAAGAGAAAA